AUGGCCAAUAUCAUUCGUUCUCCAAAGUCAUGCGGCAAAUGGGAUGACAAUGAAUUGAUCGCAUACAACAUAACCGUCACUGCUGUACCAUCACAGCAAUUCUUUCCCCAGGGAACAGAUGUGCCUCUAACUGCGGCAGGCCUUGAUCCCGCACUCGCCACCGCCGACUCGUACAGCGCCGAUGUCUCGGACAGUACACACUGUUUUCUCCAAUAUCUGCGCUCUGCCACCACGCCGUCCAUUGAUGAUCGAAACAUUCGUGUGCCGAAGAUUACCGACUUCGCUCGUCAGCUUCUCAUUACUCUUGGCUUCGAAGAACAUCGGUAUUGCGUGUGUCGACCGUUGGAGAUCCCGUUGUUGAUUUGUGAUGACAUCCGCAAAUUCGCGGAGACAAGCUUGGGCUUGCAGGACCUUGGUUCAACAAAGAUGGUACCUCUUCUACAAAUGAACAAGACGCAGAUAGAUCGCUCAAAUGUCGAAGCACAUAUGAUUUCAGCAGCCAUUGCGGCCUACCAGUUCAACAAUAACAUGCGGCAAGAGAAGGGCCUGCAUCCACUUGAUGCCAUGACCAUGCCUUGCAUCACGAUGGCACCCUUGGCAGCACUUUUUAGUGCUUCCCAUGGUCUGUCAGACCCGGUUUUGUGGUAG